GGUUCUUCUGUUGGGAAUGAAUGAGGAAGGCGCCCCAGCUGGUCCGGCCCUCGAUUCAGCGGCAUCGACGUGCCAUCGCUGCGUGGAAACGAUCAAGCUCGAGCACCAGCUCGUCCGGGUGCCUUACGAAGUUCUCAAGAGGUCUGUACGGCAGGGCAUUCGCGCAGUAGAGAAGGAGGUGAAUGGCAUCACUGGCGCUGUUGCCGAGGCCGGCAAGAAGGAGGUGUCGCGAGACGCCGCGAUCAAGCAGCUGGAUUCGUGCGUGAAUCGCUUGAGUGGAUUGAAGAGAAAGCUCCGGGAAAUGCACGAUGCGGAAGAACAAAAUCUCCAAAGAUCUCGAGCGAGGUUGGAUCACUUGAGUGACUUUUGCAAGGAUCCAAAGUGGAAGAAAACAAAGCUUGACAGAAUUCUCGUGGACUACCUCUUGCGUUCGUCUUACAUUAACACCGCGACUAAACUCGUCGAGCAUUCGUCCAUUCAGGAUCUUGCAGACCUUGGCCUUUUUGCUGAAGCCCAGCAGAUUAUCGAGGGACUGAAGAGCAAGAGCUGCACGUAUGCACUUAACUGGUGCUCGGAGAACAAGGGAAAGCUAAAGAAGACGCUGAGUGUAUUCGAAUUUAAGCUGAGGAUUCAGGAGUUCAUAGAACUCGUUCGAGCGGAGAAGGCAUUUGACGCUGUGUUAUACGCUCGCAAGUUUCUCUCGCAGCUUGCUGCUGUUGAUAUGCAACACUUGCAAGAGGCCAUGACAACUCUAGUACUGAAGCAAACAACAGAGUGUGUCUUUUACAAGACUUUAUUCGAUGACAACCAAUGGGAGAAACUAAUUCAGCUCUUCAAGGACGAGUUCUGCAAGAUGCACGGAAUGACUUCUCCGUCCUUGCUACACAUUUACAUCCAGGCCGGUCUUUCAGCUCUCAAAACACCGCUGUGCUACGAAGAAACGUGUUUGAAGGACGAUCCUUUCUCGCAUGAAGCGAUCAGGAAACUCGCGGAGCCACUUCCGUUCAUGAAGCACGUACGCUCGAGGCUCAUCUGUUACAUCACGAAGGAGCUUAUGGACGAGGACAAUCCUCCAAUGGUUUUACCGAAUGGAUACGUUUACAGCACAAAGGCAUUGCAAACCAUGUCCGAUCAAAACAAUGGUCUCGUGACUUGCCCAAGAACAAACGAAGUUUUCGCUUUAGCCACCGCGACAAGAGCGUUCGUCUCUUAACAAGGCUAACAAGAAACAAAAAAGAAAUGUACAUUCAAUCGGCGCAUUCAUUGCCAGUGUAAAUCCACCGUCGAUCAACACCCGCCUCACAGUGAUAA